AUGUCCUCGGAAUCCGAGGAGAGCACCUACACGGUGCACGAGGUCCAGCCUGAAGACCUCGAUGCUGCGGCAAAAGUGGUGAAGUGCCAGGAGGGGAAAGAGGCGAACUCGCCGCUGGCGCGGUACUACCGUCUCGGGACGCAGGAGCGGUACGCCUUUGAUGAGCACAUGCGCCAACUACAGCAGCAGGCAGCUGCAGUGGAGCGAGAGCGGCAAUUCCGUGUGUCGCACCCAUUCCAGCCAAAGACCAGUACAUCUUCUGUAGUUGCCAAAGACACAGGAACAGAUGAAGCGCAGGUGGACAACCAAAACCGCGUGGCGCUUCCAGUCGCCUCUGGCGUUGGAUCGUCCUCGUCGCCAUCGAGCACGCGACCAGUCUUUGAUCGUCUCGCUGCGCAGGCAGUGCAGUUGGAGAUGCGGCGACGCCAUCGCGAGGAGCAGCAGCGGCGAGCCGAGGCCGCUGCUCUACGUGGUGCGUUUCAGCCUCAUAUCAACCACACAGCCCCCGUCUACGCGGAGCGCUUGCAACACCUCGGCGCGGUCCCCGUGGAAGAUCGACUUCUCCACUACGGGGAGUUGGUUGCUCGUGAGAGGCAACGUAAGCAGGAACUCCAAGAGCUGGAGAAGACGAUGGCGUGGCAGUCUACACAAGCUUCUCUGAUAGGUGCAGGUACCUGUCAGACACAAGACCCAGAGGAGCGUCGCCGACAGCAGGAAGAGUUCCAGGCGCGCAACGCUCGUUUUCUCGCCGAGCGAUCGAAGCACCGCCAAUGCGCCGAGGCGGCCGCUGCAGAGGCCUUCUCCUUUCAUCCUAAAAUCUCCGCUACAUCCGCCGCGCUUGAUGAGGCGCGUCAGCGCUCGACAAACGACAUUGGCGGUAGGGAGCUAAGUCAGUUACUCAUGCGCUCUGUCGACGGGUCGCCUCUUAACAUCUCCAAGAGCUCCGCCAACGCUACACGCCGCAGCGACGCUCUCUACGCACUGGCGUUGAAUCGGCAGCGCCAGAGGAAGCAAAACCUCGAGCACAACGGCUCGAAUGGCGAAGCGUCUAUUGGCGUUGUGGGUCAGGGACGAAUUGCGGGGGACCCCAGCUCAGUCCAUCAACCACUGACAAACCCCACAUCAGACAAGUGGAUCGCCAAAGGGGCUCACGGGCCAUUCUUCAAGGAGGACUUUGUUCGCCGCCAGGCACUCUACGAGGAAGUAAAGCGCGAGGAGGCAGCACUCCUUGCUACCGCCACACAGGCGCCAGAGCUCGGGAGCGCUGGAUCGGUGGCAAACAAAGUGGAUACGAAGGAGCUGAAUCAACGCCUCUACUACAGCGCGAGAAAGGCAAACGAGGUCGCAGAGCGUCGCAGAAAGGCCUGGGUGAGUGCGCAUGAGUGUCCCUUUCGCCCGCAACUCUCUCCAGGAACGAAGUCCGUACUGCAGCACAUGUCCUCUCGCGACGGCGAUGUAACGAAGCGACUGACGUCACAGCGUGGCAGAUGCCUCACCCGAGGCGUCUGCUCCGCUGUUGACAAGGAGUGGUACGCUUCUACGCCGACUCAGCAGUCUUCCUCACAAAACCGCACUCGAAGCCGCUCCCAACAGCGAAAGACCGAGGCGAAGAGCUUCACUGAGGGGGUGGCGGACUCUGCACGCAAGAAAACAACACGGCCCACGGAGUCAUCUGGGAGAGGGAUACGGGGCGCAAGUACCAACGGCAGCGGCGACGAGCUCUCCGAGCAGCAGCAGCAGCAGCAGCAGCAGAGAAAGCAGACUCGCUUGACUUUGACACGUGACCAGGUGGAGAACUUUUAUCAGCGACAAAUGGCGGACCUGCAGCAGCGGCAGGACUUAAUUCAGGAGCGCAGGGAGGGUGAGGCGGUACAGGAACUCGUGGAGUGCACCUUUCGGCCUCGAACCAACACGGACCGACACGUGGGUGUGGAGAGCGGGGAGGACACUGGGGGGUCUGUGAAUCACGUAACCGGUGUUUCCGAGUUUCUUGAGCGGCAGGCCCUCGCACGAGUCCGUAAGGCCGAGCGCGACGAGCUCUUGCGCACGAUGGGUCUUCCACGGCGCAAGGGUGUCGAGAGCAACGGUGCAUCUCCUGGAACCACAGUUUUGAACCCUUUCAAAUUCCAGACAGAGCUGCGCCGCCAACGGUUAUUGCGCUCGCCUGGACACGCGUCGAGUUUCACGUUUGAUAACACGCAGCACCGUGACGCGGGCUCAUUUCCGGUGGCAGCGUUGACGACAGCGGAGCGCGCGUUGCACGACGCUAUCGAGGAGUCACGUCGCUGCCCGUGGUCAGCCUCGCAGGCGCCACUCUUUCCCCUGCCAGGGUAUGUGCAGAGGAAAGGAAGUCCCGUGCACUUUGACAGCCCCUAUCAUGUUGCGGUGGAGGAGGACGCCGUGCUGCCUACAUCCUAUGUGCCGCCUUCAAUCCUAUCUACCGACAAGGGAGGGCGGAGCGAUGCUGCCGCUGUCGGGGUCAGCUACAAGCGACCGUCGCUUUUCUCCUUGAUCUCACCAAAUACCUUCUCCGGCCGAAACCUAGGCGCUGUUGCGCAUGACUCGAUAAAUGGAAAGGAGACGCGUGCGGGGCGCGACUUUGCAAGUGGCCGACCGUCACCAUCCGCACUGAAAGGGUCCAAACAGCACCUGAGCCUGAGCACAAAGCGCCGUAGACUGAACCGCUCCGUCUCCUUUGUGGAGGAGACCGCCGACGCGUCGCACGCAGGCGCAACGCACGGGAGUGGAAAGUCGUACGCUGAUCCUGUCCACUUGGCAUUCCUCAGUGGACAGCUGUGA